AUGCGGCUAUUUUCUUUAUUACCAUUAUUCUUGAUUCCUUUAACAUUAUUUUGUUGGCAUAGAGCUUAUAACUUGAACAAAGAAGCAAAUAUAAGUUUAUAUGGUGAAGACGAUAAAAAAAUCGAUAGUGAUUUAAAGUCAUCUUCAAAUGAUGAUCAAUAUUUAAAAAAAGAUUUUGAUAAAGAUGUCAGAAUUGAUAAUAAACUAGAUAAUUUAUUCUAUUUUAUCCAGAUAUCUGAUCUACAUAUAUCGAAGUUUCAAAGGGUUGGAGGAACUUAUCACUUUUUACAUUUUCUUUCAACAGUGAUUCCAGCAAUUUCUCCAAGUUUUGUGAUUGUGACGGGAGAUUUGACAGAUGCAAAAGAUUCAGAUCUAGUAACAUCGAGCCAAUAUGUUGAAGAAUGGAUAACAUAUGAAUCAGCAUUGAUAGAGUCAGGAAUACCUGCUAAAAGAAAAGAGUUUUGGUAUGAUUUACGUGGAAACCAUGACUGUUUUAAUGUUAAGUCAUGGGAAAGUGAAGAGAAUUUUUAUAAAGAAUACGGAAUUGUAAAACAAAAAGGAUUUAAUUUUACCGUUGAAAAACCAUUUGGUAAUUAUACAUUUAUUGGUCUAGAUGCAUGUCCGAAACUUGGUCCAGCUAGGCCUUUUAAUUUUUUUGGUUAUUAUGAAAUUGAAGAUAUGGAUAAUUUGGCUAAUAAAAUUCAUGAUGCAUCUUUAAAUUCUAAUCAUAUCUUUUUGAUGGCCCAUUAUCCUACUGCAACAACAGUUUAUGGUAAAACAUCAAAAGGAGAAAGUUUUCAUGACUUAUCAAGAUAUAUCAGUGUUUAUAUUUGUGGCCAUUUGCAUAAGCUCGCAUGGGGUUUGGGUGAAAGAUUACAGACAUAUCAGCCUACAGAUUAUCUAGAAUUAGAAUUAGCAGAUAUGAAAGAGCAUGCAGCUUAUCGAGUAAUAGCAAUUGAUCAUGAUCUCAUUAGUUUUGUUGAUUUAAUCUUGCCUUUAAAUCAAGUACCAUUAAGAAAUCAACCAAAGCCGAAAAAUAAUCAAACGAUCUUACCAGAUAGAUUAGCUUUUCCACCUGUUAUACUAAUAACAAAUCCUAAGGACUCCAAAUUUUCAAUGAAACAUCAUGAACCAGUUAAUCGUAUACUGGAUAGUACACAUAUAAGAUUGUUAAUUUGGUCAGAAUAUGAAAUUCAAAAUGUCACAAUUUAUUUGGAUGGUGAAAUUCAUCAAGAAGAUAAUAAUUGGGCUAAUUUUGCCACUAACCUUACUAACAUCAAGGAAAUUCCUAUAGAACAAAGACCAUAA